AUGGCGACAAAACGCUGUUUGGACUGCGAGGAAAGUAUGUGUGGAGAUUGUUCUUCGGACCAUGUGCUUCAUAAGUUAAACCGUGACCACAAAUUGUUCCCUGUCGACCAGUUUGACAGCGACGAAUACGUGACAGAGCUGCGUGCCCGACAAAACAUCCUUUGUGACCAUAACAAGAAAGACCCCGUAGAAAUCUUCUGUCCAAUCUGUAAAAAGUUCAUCUGCGUCGGUUGUAUGGUUUUAGAACACAAGGAGCAUGAUUGCCUAAGAAUCAACAUUGCUGCUGACAAACGCAAGCAAAAACUAGAACUCGACAUAAACCCCAUCGAGAAGAAAAGUCUACUCUUCGAUCAGUUUAAAACCGCUGCUGAAGACCAGAAAGCGUCAGUAGAAGAGGGAAGAAAGAAGGCAAAGAAUCAAGUUAACCAGCAGUUAGAGCUAAUGAUUACGAAGCUCCGUCAAUUUGCUGAUGAUCUUCUGGCAGAGAUAGAUGCCAAGUCAAACGCCAAGCUGGAAGUUUUAGAUGGUUUAAUUGCGACUGCUACCGCCGAUCAAAACCAACUGGACGACGUUGUAGACUUCUCCAGAAAGCUCAUAAAUCAUGGGAACGAUAUGGAUGUCCUUCAAAUGGCCUCCGCCUGUGAGCAAAGCAGCGAAAGCGUUCAUACUCUCGACAUCCCGACCCUGCCCGCAGCCAUGACCCAGCUACAGCUUAUCACCAACGACAUGGAGGAGUGCGGUACCAAUAUCAACCGUUGCCUUGGAGACGUGGUUCCAGCUGUAAGUGGAAGACUUGUGACAUCAUUCAAAGUAGAAUUGGCCAAGUCUCCAGAGGAGAUGAUCACUCAUGUAACCAAUGAUACAAAUGGUGAUAUCCUUACUGGUAUUUGGUGUAAUGAUGACAUGUCACGGAAUAGAAUCCACAUCUACGAUACCAACUUUGUCCUACAGGGCACAAUUCCAAACCCAAAAGUAGCAGAAAAUGGCUACUUUGCAGGGAUUGCCAUUGAUGAUGACGGCAAUAUCGUCACUAGAUGUCAGGAGUCAAAUGAAAUCAUCGUCUACACCAAGACAGCGGACCACGUGAGAACAUUCCAUAGUGAGUCACCUCAGGCAGUAGCAGUCAACAGCAAGNUUUGCACGUGGCGAUAA